AUGGACGGACCGGAAGGACCUAUCGCCGACAUGGGGGGAAAGGUUCAGACUCUCAGCCAGCCUCAGGUCGACGUUAUUAUCGCUCUCGAAAGAAUUGGAGCGUCCCUGUCGUUGUUUGGAGUCACCCUGAUAUUCAUCACCUACUGGAAAUUCAAGCGCAUUCGAAGUGUUCCAAAUCUUUUCAUCGUCUUUGCGUCUCUUGCCAAUGUCGGCGCUAGCAUUGCUUGCGCCAUGGGCUACGAUGGCAUGCGCGCUGGGGCAGAAUCCGCUCUCUGUCAGGCACAGGCGUUUUUGCUAGAAAUGUUCAUGCAAUCUGACCCGUGGUGGUCUUUCGCCAUGGCUGUGAACGUCUACCUCGUCUUCUUCGCCGGUGCCAAUCCUUCUUCUUUCCGACGCUACAUUGGGGUCUACUGCGCCAUAUGCUUUGGUUUCCCCUUGGUCCCGGCCAUUGUUUGUCUCGUAGUCCGGCCUCGUGGUCCGCAAGACCUUAUCUACGGAGAUGCAACAAUAUGGUGCUGGAUAAACCAUGAUUGGUCCAAGCUUCGAAUCUUCACUUACUAUAUUCCCAUUUGGACCUGCAUUGUCGGUUCGUGUGUCAUUUAUUUUGCCGUCGGCUACCAUGUUUUCCAUCACCGCAACCAACUACACAACCUCACCUUCAGCAACACUGUGAGAGACUGCAAAGAUAUAUCUUGCUCAGAUGAGCGGGACUCGGCAGAAAAGAAUCUCACCAGUCGUACCGAAUACUACGGAACCGCCGUGACGGAUAUUCAAAUUACAACAAUGACACCCAGACCUUGGACUCCUCAACAACCACCAACCGCCAUAAAGAAGGGGUCGGACAGCCAAGAGCCUCGACACCAGCGAUCGUGGCGUACAAGUGAAGAGGAAGGUUCGCCAAGUCCUCGCUUCGAGACCACGUGUACAUCGAAUCCUCCCCCGCCGAAGCCGCAGCGAUCUGUUUUUCAACGAAUUGGACGUGUUCGAACAAAAUUUUCAGACAGAUUGGAGCGCCUAGAUCCUGUCAAGCUUGCAUACCUGCGGACAAGUUUCAUAUUCGCUAUCUCUGUCUUGGUGACGUGGACACCAAGCUCGAUCAACAGAGUAGUCAACCUUCUUAAGCCUGAGGUAGUCAGCUUUGGCUUGAACGUCGCCAGCGCCACGGUACUCCCACUUCAAGGCGUUUGGAAUGCCGUCAUCUUCUUCAUGACCAGUUGGACGACAUUCAAAGAAGAGUGGAAGGACAUGCGCGGUCGUCAUCAGAUCCGACUUGGAAGUUGCGACACUGAAAGUCGUCAAGGCGGAGUCAGGAUCGAGGUACUCCGAAGCGAUCAACACGACCGAUUGAGAAACGGUCGCUUCGUUCACAUGAAAGCCAUUGGUAGCGACCAAACAAGUGAGCUCGAGCUGACGGUGCCAUCAGGUGUCGGGAAAGUCAGAGCAAUGAGAGGAUCUUUUAGUAUAUGA